AUCUAAAAACUAAUGUGAGCUCGGGCAGUAUAUAAACUUGAGUUCCACAGUCCAGAGCAUCAGAAGUGUGCCAUCCAGCAACAUGAAGCUGUUGGUACUGACGGCGAUUGUCGCCGCCGUGGUAGCGAGUCCGCUCAGCGAGACUAAGAGCUGGCCCUGGCAAGUGGGUAAAGAGUACACAUAUGAUGUAGACACCUACACCUGGUCCAGGUUUGAACAAAGUGGCAGCAACGGCAAUGCAUUUGUAUCUCAGUUCAUCGUUCGCGUUUUGGCCCCGGGUCGUCUCGUUGCCAAAUUACAAAACCCACAGUACGCGCAGAUGAAAGAAGGCAAAAUCAGCCUUCAGUCUGCACCUGCUGGCCUGGAAUUCAAAGCGGUUCCCAAUGUAGACCAGCCUUUCGAGAUUCUGGUUGACGGAGGUCGCAUUCUGUCAGUCAGUGUUCCCUCGACUGUGUCUGCUUCUUCCGAGAACGUACUGAAGGGUCUUCUCAGCGGUCUCCAAGUGGACUUAUCUACUUAUGGACACGUCCACAACUUCCCCAACAGUUAUGACAAGGAAUCCUUCCAAGGUCUCUUCAAGAAGAACGAGGCUGACGUCACCGGUGACUGUGAGACUUUAUACUCAGUUUCACCAGUCGCUGCAGAAUGGCGCCGUGUAUUGCCUGACUUUGCUGAAGACCCUAUCGAGAUCACCAAGAGCAGGAACUAUGGCUCAUGCAAAAAGCUUGUCGCUUUUGGUUUAGGAGUCCCAGAAGGCAACGAAGACUUCAUCAAGCACACUUCUGAAUCACGCAUAUUCGCCGGCAAGCAAGGCACAAUCUACAAAUCGGAAACAUUGAGCACCGUCGUAGCUAAACCUUUGGUAUUCGGCAAACAGAACGCUGAAGUAUUCAGUUACGUCGGCCUCUCUCUCGAAUCAGUUAAAGAAAUCCCUAGCGAGGAAUGGAAAAUUUCAGAAGAAGUUCGCAAAAUCGACUCACUGUUGUUUACCGAAAAAGAGGAUUUGGGUAUUGAGUUUAACGCACAAAACGUUGCUAAGGUUCAAGCCCUGCUCCAGGAACUUGCACCAUUAUUGCAGGAGCCCAACAAAUUACCGUCUUCCGAUUUCCUGGCUAAAUUUGAGAGCCUAGUAUAUCUUACAAACUCUCUAAACUCAGAACAGCUUGCUCUUUUGACUAGCAGUUUUGAAGAUGCUAAGUCUUCGGACAAUGCCGCUAAGAAAAACUUGUGGGUACUCUACCGUGACGCAAUCGCUCAAACCGGUACCAUUGCAGCAUUCAAAGAAGUCAAGUCAUGGAUCUUGAACAAGAAAAUUGAAGGAGAAGAAGCCGCUGAAGUAAUCGCCUCAUUAGCUGGCAGUCUACACACCCCAAGCGAGGAGCUGUUUACUGAGUUCUUCCUGCUCUCCACUAACCCCGUAGUUGUGGAACAGAAGUACCUUAAUGUUUCCGCCAUUUUAGCUGCUUCCAAGUUUAUUCGACUGGCCAACGCUGAUUUGUUUGUGGUCGACAAAAUUAUUCCACUCGCAUCUAAAGAUUUAAAGCAGGCCAUCGCCGAUGGUGACUACAGCAAGGCCGACGCUUACAUCAGAGUUCUUGGAAACUUGGCUCACCCUGAAAUCCUGAACGUAUUCGCUCCCUACUUGGACGGUAGUGUUCCAGUUAACACUUACCUUCGCACACAAAUUGUUAUCAGCCUCAAAACCUUGGCGCACGAGAAGAACGACCAAGUACGUGCCGUUCUCUUCAGCAUUUUGAAGAACACAGCUGAAUCUUACGAAGUCAGAGUGGCUGCUGCUCUCAAUAUCUUCCUGUCCUUCCCCACUGCUGACAUGUUCAGAAUAAUGGCUCAUAUGACCAACAAUGACCCGAGCACACAAGUUCGUGCCGUCUUAGUCAGCGGUAUUACUUACACCGCUGGUCUUAAAGACCCGCGCUUCGCUGAAUUGGUUAAGAAUGCUAACUCAGUGAAAUCCUUGGUCGCUAAAGAAAAGUACGGUGCCCGUUACUCUACCGACAGUAUCAUUGACACAUACAGCAGCGAAGAUAACUUGGGCUACUUGAGGGAACUGGCUUACAUUGGAAGUGGAAACAGCGCUUUACCUAAGUACCAAAGAACAGCUCUAAGAUUAAGAGGAAAUGGAUGGACCGAAGAAAACUGGGCCACACUCUCCGUAUCAGAUAUGCAGGACCUUUUCGAGUACAUCAUGGAUGUUGUAGCUGCCUCAGGACCGCAGAAAGUCGCCGCUGACUUGAAAUUCUCCCCUGAGGAAAUAACCAAAGUACUGGACAUCAAAAGGAAAGCCCGUCAACCCCUCCAGGCUUCCCUAUUCAUUGACAACUUGAACCAGCAGCGACUAUUUACUUUCACCGAACGAGAACUAGGAGAAUUCCUCGCCAGUCUCUUGAGAGGCGCCGAAAGUUUAAUUCGUGGCUCUGAAAACAGCUACGUUAAGGUCAUCUUUGACAGACGUGUGUACGUGACAUUCCCAGUUGCCGCUGGUGUGCCCUUCAUCUACUCAUACAGUGAACCGACUGCUUUCAUUAUUCAAAACCAAGCCAGCUUCAAAUUCGGUUUCGGUGGAGGCAGAGUACUGAAAAAUGACUUUAAGUUUACAUAUGCCAGAAACUUGGACGGCAAGGUCGGUUUUGUGGACACUAUUGGUGACGUGUUUGCUUACUCUGGCGUCGUUAACAAGCUUCAAUUCAACGUUCCGCUUAAGGCCAGCUUCAACGCAAAGAAGGAAACAUACCAUCUUAAUUUCGAACUUCCGGAGGAAGAUGUCAAUCUAAUUCACUUGAGCGUGACACCUUACACAGAUUUUAGAUACAAGUCAAACUCGUGGUUGGCUUCAAGUGAAAACCCAUCCACCCAAAUCAUUGAACGGGCUGAGAAGGUAUUUUCAGCUGACGAAAACUUAGGUCAACUGUUUGGCGUUGCACUGCGUCUGCAAGGGUACUCUUACUCAGCUGACUACAAGAACCCUAGCUGGAACCUAUUUGACGGAGAUAUCGUAGCCAACGUACAAGAGUUGUUGUACCAAAAGGACAUUGCCUUAACCGAGUUCAAUCUGAAUUACGUAGCAAAGGAGUCCAAGAACAAGGCAGUUUCAUUCACCGUAUUCUUAGAGUCGUUGUACAACCAGAAAGUAAGUGGAGACCUUGGACCUGCUUCCGUCACCGCUGAUGUUGCAGCCAACAGCGCCGCUCGUCGUGAACAGUUCGCUAAACGCGUUUCCUCCGGUAUCGAAUCCGCUAAUGUGCAGCUGGUUGAUUUCAGCGUUGCUUUUGAUGGACAAGAGAAAGUGGACUUCGUAUUCACCGGUGCCUAUGCUAACAGCUUUGUCGACAACAAGUCUCAAGGCAUCGUGUUCCUCCGUGGUACCGAACAACUCAAUGCUGUGUUCAAAAUGACCAAACCCAAAAUAGUCCCUCUGAACUUUGAGGAAGCUCUCAAGAACCCAAUCAAAUCUACAUACGAAGCUGACAUCAAGUUCGCCAAUGACGAUAACAUCAAAAUCGUCGGCACUGGAGAGCGCAGCGAGGAGUACACUCAGAAACUGAGAAACAGCCCCUUGGCAAAGCAGUGCUUGGAAGAUAGCAGCAAUGGUAACUUAUACCAGAAGGAUUGCUACAACGUGAUCAUCCAGGCGCACGCUCCCGACUUUUUCAAGUCCGUCGUGACUUACAAGAACGUCAGCCCCGCUUUCUUGAACUUGACUUACGAAACCUACAAAACCUUAAAGGAACUGUAUUCUUGGGAAGAGGACGAAGACUUCGUCAACACUAUCCAAGAUGGCACCAUCGAAAUUGAGUCUCAGGCAUUCUACUUCGACAAGUACUUUAACUACAAGUUCACAAGCAAGUACGGAGUCCUCAAACUAGACAACAUCGAAGGCAUGUACUACUACCCCUAUGCUAUGGCGUUCUACGCGCCUAUCUCCAACUGGGAGCGUUCCCGUAACUGGUUCACUGACGAACAAACCCUACCUUUCUGCGCUGUCGACGGCAGCAAAGUUAAGACCUACAGUGGUCGCAGCUACGAGUACAGCCUCACAAGCUCCUGGCAUGUGGUCAUGGUUGACGACAAAGCCGGUCUGACAGUUCUUGCCAGGCGACCCAGCGCUAACCAGGAAGAAGUAUACAUUGCAUACAAAACUAACUUCGGCAAAUACGUAGAACUCGACAUCAAGCCAACGGGUGUUGAGGUCAAGAGCAACGUCGACAAGAAGUCCGAGGGAGUCCUCACCUCAUACUUUGACAGCGACAAAGAAGUACCUAUCUUGGAGUACUACACCCUCGCUGAAGGUGUUCAAAUAUUCAACAUCAACGAAGGAGCUUUCCGCGUCGUGUACGACAAACAGAGGCUCAUCAUCUUCACUGCUGAUCACCGCAGCUCCACCAACGGUCUCUGUGGCCAGAGCACAUCUCAGAUCGGCGACGACUACCUGACUCCCUUCGGUUUGGUCGACCAGCCUGCGUACUACGGCGCUGCUUUCUCUCUGGACGGAGAGUCCAGCGACGCUAAGACCGCGGAGCUGAAGAAGCAAGCCAAGCUGAAGGCAUACCAGUCAGUCACCAAGUACACCAACAUCCUGCGCUCCGACGCCGAGUGGAGCAAGAUCGGAAACGAAUCUGUUAAAGGACUGUAAAAACAUACAAAAACAAUAAUAGAACCCUUAAACUAACUUGAUAAUAAUAUCAAGCAACAAAUAAUAAUAUGUAUCGUGUAAUAAUAUCCAGUAUUCAUUAUUGAUGUAAUUACCAAAUUAAAAAAACUAUAUAAACAUACCAUAUGAUUUAUAAAUAAGA